UGGAUCUGGACUGGUUCUGAACCAAACAACAAUGGUCACAUCGUCGACGACUGCUGCAUUUGACGUUACGCAGACUCAGCAGAUCAGCGACGAUCAAAAUAAUUAUUAUUAUUUUUGAUGUGGGUCAUACACCUUUCGCCGGAAUUUCCUGCAAUCUUCAUACUCGUGACUGGACAGCAGCGCGGAGAACAUUCACGAUAAGUAGUUGGAUGCUGUACGAUCAAUUGAAGAUUUAGUCGACUCGAUCGAGCAGACAGAACGCCAUCGCUCAUAAUCCAAGCGAUCGCUCGUCUCUCGAAACAAGUGAAAGAAAGCUCGAGGAAGUCGCUCGUCCUUUCCGCAUUCCGGUAUCUGGGCAGCUGAGUACGGGUACUUGAGUUGAAUGCUGGACGUGUGUGCGCUCAGCAUUGACAAUGCAUAGCAAGCAUGGUAAGCAGGGCUGAGCAUCGCUUGGUUGUGAUCAGAGCGCUCUGAUCUGGCUGAACUCAGCCGCUCCGGGUAUAGCAACCUAGUGACUGGUGACCUGAAUGCCGCUAGCGCUGUAUGGUGGAGAUAGGUGCGCUGCGGGAUCACUCAACAGUAACUGUGCAAUGAAUAAGAAUAGGGUGUGAAUUGCAGCAUAGCCACACAGAUUCAGUGGUAUGGCAGAUAGUACAAGUGAUGAUGCCACUGCAGUGAUGAAUGGCAAUGGAAAACACGCAGGGCACACUAGCGAUGGGGCAUGCGAGCUGCAUGGUGUAGCCGGGCACACCGAACACAAGGCGGCGACAGUGACCAGGAAUGGCCUGGCACCAUUGACAAUCCCAACUAGCGGUUCCAGUACGGAUACACUGCAAGACUCGCAACGCACACCCACAGAUGAGACUGGUGCGUUGGCUCAGCUAGUUCUGCCGCAGAGUGCACCACAGACACCCACCAAACCAGUCAAUCACUAUCCGUCCUGGAAGCGCGGGUCUACGGGAUCGCCGUACAAUGUCAAGGUUGGAUCGACAACUCCGUCGCCGGCCGGGCGCACGGUGGAACGCUGUCGCAUGGACGUGCUGAGUUGUAGCAAGGAGGCCAGUGAGUGGGCCUUGCAGGCCUGGACUAACAGUACGGCAUGGAGAGCCCUGUGUGAUAUCGACCAUGGUCGCCACAAGCUGAUCAGGGUCAUCAUGCACGACCGUCCCAGAGUCUUUCCCACUGGAAACCCGGUGGCAUUUGAGCCUCAGUUUGUGCGCACAAACUGUUACUUCAUUGUGUGGAACACGGCGGAAACAGCUUCUAUGGAGCAGGCACUGAGCGACCUGAAGGAAAUCCGCCAACAUCAAGCCGAUGUUGUUGUGCUGAUGAUGGGCUGCCUGUUGCAGAAGGAUGCAUUUGACCACACCUGGGAUACUGACUCACAUGCUCUGCAUGAGAGGACAGUAGUGGAAGCUAUGCUGGCUGAUGCGGCUCUAGCAACCGAUAACUUGACAAUGGCGUUUGCCAGAUGUGAUGCUGAUGUGGAAAGCAACGUGCUGCAUCUGUUGUUCAAAUCGAUGCAGACCAAACUUGAUGCUUCGUUCUUCCUACAGUACCAGUACAUUGCCUCGUUCUACGCUAGCUCUCGAUUCCUGAACAACAUCUGGUCCCUGUCGACUCGUGUGGAGCUGGACCUGGAGAUGUGCUUGGAAGCACUUGUGGAAGGGCUGGACAUUCACCUGAAGCAGGAUGCUAGUCAAGAGAUGAUAGAGAAUUACUUGCAACUGGUGACUGUGUUGACAGAGAGAGGCGCUCCCAUAGACCACCUGGGUGUACUGAGCAAUGCACAUCCGAAGGCUGUCGAGGAGUUGGUGUAUCAGUUGCGUAUCAUCAAGGACCACACGUUGGAUUUGUCUGGUCUUCGCCUGCCCACCGUGCACCCGACACGCAUCAUGGCAAUGGCAGAGCUACUGCAUCGCGUCGAUGUCUCCAACAACCAACUGCACCGUUUGCCGCUGGAGAUCUUCCUGCUGCCAAACCUGGUGACAUUCAAGGCAGCCCACAAUCAUCUUCAGUUCUUGCCGGCGUUCCCUCGCUGGAGAUGUAGCAAUCUUCAAGUGCUGGACGUAUCGCACAACGAGCUCAUCUGCCCUCUCGACUCACAGGACUACAACAACUUUACCCAGUUCCAACUGAACCCAGCCGACUCAUCGGCCGCCACCAGCAUGCUGGGUAAAUCAUCUCUGACGUACAUGCCACUAGCAUCGGAGCGGCAAGCCAGCCCAUUCACGGCAUCUACCAGCAUGGCAUUGGCACCAGAGCCGCCCAAAACGCAAGCGCCUCUUGCAUCUCGCCUCCUAAGCAGCUUGAGUGGGCUGCUGUCAACACCGCCAACGGUGAAGCAGAUCAAACGUACCACGUGCGUUCCACCCGACAUCUUCACCAUGAAGAAUCUGACCUCGGUCAACCUGCGUUCGAAUCGGCUGGAGGAGUUGCCCAUUUGGGUGACUAUCCUGCCCAAGCUCUGGUCCCUGGACCUGCGCGACAAUCCUAACUUGCACAGGCUACCGCCGGAGCUGGCCAGGGCUCGGGGCUUGUUCCUGCUGAGAGUGGAAGGACUGCAGCUGACCAGUCCGCCGCCACAGGAACUGGAGCGGGGCUCCAAGGCAGUGGUGUGCUAUCUGCGCAGCCAGUUGAAGCUCAGCAUCAGCUACCGUCACAUGAAGCUGAUGGUUGUGGGUGAGACGGCGGCUGGCAAGACAACUCUCCUCAGCUGCCUAUCUGGUGAGGUGAAUUCACAGCGCACACACCAAGAUGAACUACUUAGUACAGUGGGUGUUAGCAUGGGUAUGUACACAUGUCAGAGACCCCGUGAGGGACGGCGAGGUGGGGACGCUGCCAGCCAGCCCGUCUACUUUCAGACAUUGGACUUUGCCGGUCAGCACGAGUACGACAGCACUCACCAGUGCUUCUUCUCACACCGAGCCGUCUACGUGGGUGUGUUUGACAUGAUGCACGGCUACGAUGGUAUUGCUGCACUGCGGCCAUGGCUGAUGAGCAUUCAGGCGUGCGCCCCCGGUUCUCCUGUCGUUCUGGUGGGCACUCAUGCCGACCUGGCUUCACAAGCAGACGAGAACGACCUGCUUGCAGCCGCCCAGCAGGAGUGCAGUCUUGGACGACCAGCAUCCUACUCCUCCAGCCUCGGUCUGCCAAAGAUAGUCAGUGUCCAUUUCGUGAGUGGCACGACCGGCGAUGGGAUCAACGCACUUAAGGAGACGAUCUACAUGGAGGCCGUGCAGCUGACAGAUCCGCAUAGCAUCUUCAAGGAGCCCUACCUGGCACAGAUGGUACCAGGCAGCUACUUAGAGCUGCACCAGCGAUUGCAACGUGAAGCCGAUGCCCUGAAGGCACGCGACUGUUGCCCGGUGAUCAAGCACGAGCAGUUGCUGGAGCUGGUCAAGCAAGCACCACCACUGGAUAUUGAGGACAGCGAGGAGCUGGCACAAGCGUGUCGCUUUCUGCAUGGCGUCGGUGUACUACUGCACUAUGAGCCACCGCCGACGCGCUGUACGGACCCGCUCUACUUCAUCGAGCCACAGUGGCUGAGCAACGCAUUGGCCAGGAUUGUGACGACGAGAGAGCGCAGCCUGGCGUACCGUGGUCUCCUGUCUACCGGUCAUCUGCCGCUCAUCUUCAAGGAUCUCCUGGUCCCACCAGCGCUGUACUCCAGCUUCAUGGACCUGCUGGAGACAUUUGAGAUUCUAGUACCGCUUGACAAAGAUAACACGGUGUAUCUAGUGCCGGCGCUGUUACCCAAACAAACAGAGAAGCUGCCAGUGCUCAGCGCCACCUGUUGUGUGGCACGUAUCUAUGACCUGGCCUUCAUCCCGGCAGGCCUGUGGACACGACUCAUCUCUCGCCUUGUGGCCUUCUUCGACCUGCAGCCCAGCUCCGUGGACACAGCAAGUGCAUCUGUUGACGAUGCCGAUGCUCCCGUCACCAAGGCACAGAGCAAUCUGUCCGCUCCUGCCACUCCCAAUCCGACUUUGCAAGCCGCCCAGCAGCAACGCAGGGUAUCCAGUCCCAGGAAAGGUGCAUCUCUCAGUCUUCCCAACACUCCGCUGCAUGCAGCAACCAUGGAACCCACCAUGACAGACAGUGGUAGCGGAAGUGCUGCUGGUGAUGGUGAUAGUGGUAGUGAUAGAAGUGCUGCUGCUGGUGGUAACUUCGUAUCAGUGGCCAGUCAUGAGAGGAGCAGCAGCAGCGGCAACAGCACAGCAAGAUUGCAGGAUGUACUCAACAGACGUCGCAAGUGGCAUUGCUGGCAGAACGGUGGCGUAUUUUACCUACGCCAGCAACAGCGAGCAAGUGCCAGCACAUCUGGGGCACAAUCGAAAGUCAGCUCGCAGCUGGAGGAGAACUUCAUUGUUGUCCAGGAAGGCCGUCAUCCGUGCGAGUUGGUGCUGUUUGUGCAGUCGAAUGAUUUCCAGUGUGGUGCCGAACUGCUGUCCAACACGGUGACACAGCUUGACACUCUGCUCACAGAAUGGUACCCGGGUCUUUGUGAAGAGCCAUGUCAGGUUGAGCAGUUCAUCCCAUGUCCCAGUUGCAUGCGCCUGGCCAGUCAGAUGGCCGCACCGCCGGCUAAGCUGGUGGAGUGCUCGCAUCUCUACACGAUCAACGAAUGUCUGGAGGCGGCGCAGAGCGGUCAGUUGACAUUGCCAUGCCCGGCGUGCGGCUGCGAGCAGAAGAUCAGCGACAUGGCCCCGGACCUGACGCUAUGCGACCUGCCGUGUGUUGUUUCCAUGACUCUUAAUGAGCACAUGCUGUUGGACAAGGACGAGAGAAACUGCCUGGGCCGCGGCGCAUUUGGAGAGGUGUAUGCUGGUUUCUGGCAAGGCGCCGCUGCGGCUAUCAAGCUUGUCUUACCCGAGGAGGGUAGGAGUGCAAGCAGUGAGGUGGUUCAGCUCUACCAGGUACUGCGCGACGAAGCAGAUAUCAUGUCACGCUUGCACCAUCCGCGAAUACUAACCCUUCUUGGUGUGUGCCUGUCACCUAGCGCCGUAGUGCUGGAGCUGGCACCGCAGGGAACGCUGCGUGAUGCCGUGCGCAAGCGUAACGGCCUGUCCUGCUCGCUGGUUCAUCGUAUCAUCAGGCAGAUUGCUCAAGGCUUGCAGUACUUGCAUGAGAACAACAUCAUCUUCAGAGACCUAAAGCCGGAUAACGUCCUGGUGUGGUCCAUCGAAUUGCCAACCGUACGCCAGCACCAUCCAGCACAGACGCCGACAGCAUCAACCGCGGCGGUGUUCGCGGAGCCACGUCCCCGCUCACGUAGCGUAUCGGCAUUGAAAGGUGGCGUGUGCGUCAAACUGGCCGAUUACAGCCUGGCCAAGUACGCGUCCAGCGGCGGUACUCUCCUCCAGGCUAAAGGUACAGAAGGCUAUAUGGCGCCGGAGGUGGUGAGUGGCUGCAUGGAGCGAAGAUUUGCCUAUGACUGCAAGGCGGACCUCUUCUCUCUCGGCGUGGUUAUGUUUGAGUGUGUGGUCGCUCAGCGGCCGUUCUGGCAGCUCGGGAAGUGGAAGUUCAUGGAGUACGCCCAGGAGGGCCGAUGUCCGUCCAUGAAGAAGGGACUGGAAGGCUACGGUGAUGAGCGUAGCGUGGAUGAAACCACCAACCCAAGUGAAGCAGACCCGCUACGCAUGAGCAGCAACUCAUCCACCGGCAGUGCAGAGAAGCUGGACCGUGACGGUGAUGGUGCACGCGUGGCGGACUCUGACACCGUGUCUCUCAGCUCGCUGUACUCGGUCAAGACGGCGACCGACCUGGAUGAUCCAGACGGUGCGGUUGUAGUCUCCUCUCUCUAUUCUCGUGUAGUGUACGUGAAGAGGGCGAGUAGCAGUGAUCUCCGAGAUGACGAACAGGUCAGCAAUAGCGGUGAUGAUGCCAAGGACAAUGCCGAGGAUGAAAGCGAGGACGAGUCAUGCCUGGAGCUAUGCAUGCAGUCAUUGCUACGCCGCUGCAUGACAGCACGCUCCCACCUGCGGCCAAGCGCGCAGGAAGUGGCACAGCUGAUGGCCGUAUGUCACGGCACUACUGACCCAGCGGACACAAUGCAGAUCAGCUGCGAAACUGGCCUGGCUCACUUUGCCGCCGAGCCACCGCAUUCGGUUAACAAAACGCAUCGCAUCUGGUCAUGCGCCGGUAAUGAAACACGCCUGGUGUGCCUCUCCUUGCCUGGCAUGCGGAUCAAGUCGGCACAGUUCUCUAACCCGGCCAGCAAGAACUCCACUGAGCUGAGUCCCGCGUCCAGAUUCAGCGCAGUGGCCUGUACACCAAUGCCACGACGACGUGGUCAGCGCGUGUCCGCCGGUGCUCUCGUGUGGUUGGCAACACUGAGCGGACAUCUAGUGGCUCUGAACGGCGAUAGCAUGCAGCUUGAAGGGUUCGCACGGCUGCCGGCAAGCGUUGUCAGCAUGGUGAUGCUGCCAAGUGCGACCGUCAAGCGUCACAACCACAGCAGCAAUGACUUGCUGAUGGUGGUGGGUCUACUCGAUGGCCGUGUGGCUGUCAUCAAGGCCACACAGAAGGACGGCCACCUCAAGGUCGCCCUGUGGGAGCAACUGAACGUCACCUGUGUUGCCACGGGCAUGCACGCCGUUUCUUGUAUAGCCAUGGCGGCCAAUCGCAAAGUUCUGUGGCUAGCGCAUGGCAGUAAGAUCAUCGCUGUCGACGUGGCACAGCUGAGUAAGCUGCGCUCCUGGGAGAGCGGCCAUCAGGGUGACUUCCGUCGCGGAGGUGUUCGUUGUUUAUGCCCGGUCAAUGUGUCCGGUCUUGACAGCUUCUCGUUGUCUGUGGAUGUGGAUGAGAGUGCUGGUAACGCUGGCGGUGGCGGUGGCGGCAGUGCUGCUAAUGUCCAGGACUGCAGUCAGCCGGUUCUGUGCAGUAGCUUUCAUCGCUGCAGCACUGUACGCCUAUGGAAUAGCCAGGGCCAGCUGCUAGCAGAGAUCAACUGCGAGGAUAGUCUCCCUCAAGACAAAGAGCGGUCAGCAAAGUUAGCAAGCCAAGUAGUGUGCCUGUACAGCUACGACCAGUAUCUCUGGGUCGGCACUCGCUCGGGAUAUCUCCUCGUUUACGACAUUGUCACGCACAGUCUGAUCACGGCAGUGCGGUAUCACUCGCGUGUCAACUGGAUUGGAGCAGCGGCACGUGUUGCGGAGAACCCCAAGCAUAGCGUGUGCAGUGUUAUUGUUUGCGGUGAGCCGCUGCGUGACAUCACACCACAGCCCGGUGGCAGUAUGGGUAGUCCGGUGGUGAGCAGCCCACCACCACCUUUAGUCUCCGCUAGUCAAGUUCAGGAUGGCGGCGGUGCAAAGUUUGUACAGCUGGAUCUGCUUCUGGACUAAGCGCACCCAUAUGUACAUGCAGUGUCAUGAUGGCGCCACUACUGCAGCUACAGCCUGCACACAAACGCCUAGUACUCUCCGUACCAUUCGGGUCUCUGAACCUUCAAGUGCAUAUUGGGCAUUUAUAGGCAAAGAUUAGUUUAGCCCAUUAUCAUCAUCAUGUAUGCUGUGAUCAGUUUAGCCCAUUAUCAUCAUCAUGUAUGCUGUGAUCAGUUUAGCCCAUUAUCAUCAUCAUGUAUGCUGUGAUCAGUUUAGCCCAUUAUCAUCAUCAUGUAUGCUGUGAUCAGUUUAGCCCAUUAUCAUCAUCAUGUAUGCUGUGAUCAGUUUAGCCCAUUAUCAUCAUCAUGUAUGCUGUGAUCAGUUUAGCCCAUUAUCAUCAUCAUGUAUGCUGUGAUGAUCUUUUCACUAAGGGACUCACUAUACUGAUACACUUGAGGAAAACAUUCCUUGAUGCAUUUGCUGGCUGACAUGUACAUCAUUUCCCCAACACUUGUGUAAUGCUUGCGUUGAGUGCGUGCACACUGCACACGUACAUAUUGCUUUUUUCAUUUCUGUUUUUGUUAAAAUAAAAAAAUCAAUAUUGCAGUGUCCCUGAUCUGCAGUCUCACCAGUACACUACGAGCGUACCUCCACUCACCAGCUUAUAACACAUACAUGGCUUAGUGCUCUUCCUGUGUUUGAGGUUUGAACUAUAUUAUAAAAUAUUUUUUAUUACUUUAAGGCUAGGUUUCCAAUGGCAUGGCAGGCCCAUGACCGGAUGACCAGACACGUUCACAUGAGUAUAAUAUCCACACAGUCUCCGUCUGCCCUUGUGUAUUGCUUUACUAUAGAUAUCGUCAAAUUAUUACUUUUUCCUAUCCGAUAUUGGGCCAAUGGCUAUAAUAAAAUACUAAUACAACUUUU